GAUUGGUCACCUGUUAUGAGAGACUUCAUCCCUCCAGCAUCAGCACGAGUUCACUUCACUAGUUCCAGCGGCGCUGACGAACUAACUAGUCCGGACAGAGGAACCGAGCGGAUCAUGGGCAGCAGCUGUCAACGGCAUUUCGCGCUCUUUUGCUCUCUGGUUUACUUCAUCAGCAGCUUCCGUUCGGCUGUGGAAAGCUAUCCAAAUCCUCUGACAGAUUGUGAUGAUUAUGGAGAUUAUAUUCAGGGCUCGUCUGUAUUAAGUACUCUGUGUGGAGUGGAGUGGAGGAAUCAGGAUCAGGAGCAGAUUCAGAAUGUCUUCAAGAGGUUUCUGUUUCACUAUUCCAAAGCACACAACUCCGUGGGAUCAGUAGAGAGAGAGGCUCAUUCGGUUCAUCCGCUCAUGCGUCUCUCGCCCAAACUCUCUCUGCGCAGGAAGAAACAGCAGCUGAAGAACGUUUGCAGCUCGUCUGGACGACGCAUUCGAGACGUCCUCUGUCAUUAUCUGGGAUUCUGACACCGUAACACCUGACACGUCUUAAAGCUGCUGUCGAGCUACAAUAAAACCCCCACCAGAUUUCAUUAAAACCUCUUUUAAUAAAUGUAACGUCAUGCCUGCUGA